AUGAGCGACUCAAAUAUUUGGUGUGCUGUUAAAGAGGGAGAUAUUACGGAGCUGCACAAACUGCUGGACAAUGGAGAGCCGAGCGCCGACAUUGGAAAGCAGAUUGACUGUAAUCGAUGGACCAUAUUACACCAUGCGGUUAACAGUCAGAACCUGGACGUGGUAGAACUGAUCGUCGAACGUUUUAAUCCGGACUUGGCAGCACAAAAUUUCGAUGGUUUAACACCGUUGACGCUUGCCUGCGAACAAUCAGCGGCCGUCGAAAUCAUCAUUUAUCUGUGGCAGUUAGAAAAGAAAACGAACGCGACCGUGGACGCAUACGAAUCGAUUUCACCGCUGCAUUUUGCUGUACUUCAAAAUCGCAUCGAUCUCGCCAGGCAACUGAUUGUGCACGGGGUGAAGAUCAACGAUGUGCUGCUGAGGGACUCUUCAUCCCCGUUGUACAUCGCUGCCAUCGUAACGGGCAAUGAGGUAAUGUUGGAAAGCUUGUUAGAUGCUGUCAAUAUAGAAGUGCCCUUUGUCGCGGACGAAGAUGAUGGGUUCACGAUGUUGGAUGUAUUCGCCUCGCGGGCCGCAUAUGCGACGGAACAGAAAAUUGCUUGUUUCGAAGUUCUCUACCAGCUUGGGCAUUCAUACCCAAACGCCGGAGGUCGCGCUGUGUGGUAUUUUGUAGAUGACAUACUGAAACCGGCUGUGCUGAGUUAUUCCUCCACGUCGUUGAUUGAAUACUUCGUCAAAACCGAGAGCGGGAGGGAAGUACGUGAAGCGAUCCGUUCCUUGUACGAGAGGCUGACAAAGUACUACAAAUUACUACCACUGUUCGUCCUGUGCCAAUGUGGAUCGGUAUCCAACGAAAGGGAGGAAUUGGAUGACAUUCUGCGAGAACCGGUUCUUAAAGAGAUAAUUUCCGAGGUGGGCGGUGAGAUGGAAGAAUUGUUCAGAACCACCAUUCAGUUGGAGGAGGAAAAGAUGGCAACUGAUGCGAAGCAACUGUUGGAAGAUUUCGCAACAUUCGUACAGUCGAUAACUCUGGAAUGCAUUCAAAGUGAAAUACAGUCGAGCGUACAGGUUGCGUUGCUGACCAAACAUCUAAUGAUCGACAAACCGUUGAUGAACAGCAGACAGCAGCUCGUGGCAUACCAGCCAAUCAUCGACUGUAUGAUGAGCAUGUACGGCAACAAAGGGGCGGAUGGCAUCGUGGAGAUUUUACUUAACGAUGAAGAACAGCUAAUGCGGCCGGAUCUAGUAUUUCCACUACUAAAGUACUGUACCACGCUAUUCAUGUAUUCCGACACCCUGCCGAGCGGACCGAAGGGAAAUCGGUUGUUUCAGUGGUUUAUGCAUCUGUUUGGCACAUGGAAAAGGAUUAAGUGCUUCAGCAAGCCACAGCUGCAUGUGUUCACACUCAAGCGCUUGGCACGCGACGUUGUGCGCGACACCGUGUGGAACGGGAUGGAUGUAGCGGUAAAGGCAAGCGAAAGUGCCACAUUCCUCGACCGACUACAAUCGAUUCAUGUUCCAAAUGAACUAAAGGACUACCUUAGGUACAGUGACUUUACUUCCAUGCAGUACUUCCUUUACCAUAUGCAUGACGCUAUAGAUUAUUUGACCGAAUCUAGAAACCUAGGAGGAGUCUGAUUUAGCUAGGUAGGAAAUUGGAACAUGACGAUUUUUUUAAUGUAAUACGAAUAUGAGUAAUAGCUGGUUUUAUUACGUUUCCCACCGUUAUGUUAACCGAAAUGAGAAGUAUAAUUAUUCUAUUAUAUAUAAUAUAAACAAACUUUGUAUAACAAAAACUAUUGUUCGAUCAUACGCUUAAUGACUUUCCAAUUAUUCUUAAAGUAAAACGAAUUGCUGUAUGUUGUGCGCUGUACGACCUUGGUUAUGGGCAACAAAAAAGAAUCUCUUUGGAAUCAUUAAUUGAAAGCGAAACAUGCAUUCUAUUUAAGGAAGGAUGCUUACAAGGUGCAAUGAAAUGUAAUCGACGAGCGUACAUAAAUGGUCAUAAACUCAGAUCGUGACGGUUGCUUUAUUAAGAAUAUUUGAUUAUUUCUAAAUGUCUUCACAUGGCAUUGUUCUUUCAAAUCAAACAAUAAUCGGAAAAAAUAGGUAAUUAGAAAUUACCAUAAAUAAAAAAAAAGAAAAU